AUGGAGAGGGAGCUUUAUGAAGCUGCAUUAGAAGGCGACAUGAACUUAUUCAAGGAAGCACAAAGCAAAGCUGUGGAUGAAGAAUAUCUGCUCCAACAGACGACGGAGAAGAAUAAUAUUAUUCACAUAGCCAUUCGACGUGAGCAAUACAAUUUUAUAGAAACAGCUCUCACCACACUACGUGAACAAGUUGUACGGAAGCUCAUAUGUGCGAAGAGUUGUAACGACGACAACCCUCUUCAUAUUGCUGCUCAGGUAGGGAGUAUGAAGAUUGCGAAACUACUACAUAAAUGCUGCGUAGAGUUAGUUGGCGAUGGCAAGAAUGAGAAGCCAUGGCGAACACAGAACUCAGAAGGAAACACGCCUCUCCAUGUCGCGCUUAUCAAUGGAAGAGUUGAGGUAGCCAAAUUUUUGUUCGAGGUGGACUCGUCCUUGGCUCGUAUCACCAAUCAGUUAGAAGAGACACCCCUACAUCUUGCAGUCAAGCACCAAGUUGACGGUAAUGAAGAAUUGAUAUUCACCACAAUGAAAUUACUGGUGAAUAAGAGAGAAGCAAUUUUGACAACCAAACAUUCUCCGAUUGCUGAUGAUUUAUUGCCUAUAAUAGAAUUGUUGUUAGAGAAAGAUAGCUCCAUAGCAUGUUGGCGUGAUGCAAAAGGCUUGACUGCUCUUCUCAGAGCAUCAUGUCUCAAUAAAACAGCUUAUCUAUCAGUUACAAAAGCCAUACUUGAGCGAUGUCCGUGUUAG